UGUGACACACACACACACACACAGCCCGGGCUGCAGCGCUCUGGAGCCGGGGACAGCCGCGGGCUGCGAUCGCUACCCUCUCAUCCUCUCCCCUCUCAUCCUCUCCCCUCUCAUCCUCACCCCUCUCAUCCUCACCCCGGGAGGAGGCAGCAGCUGUGGAGCUACAGGGAGGCUGGGACAGGGACCCAGCGGCUGCCUGUGUGUGGCACAGUGUAGCUGGAACACACACACACACAGAGACGGGACAGCGGGCUCGGUGGAGAUGGGAUUUUCUAGGAUACAGCUUGGAGUGUUGGCUUUGUUGGGGUUUGGAUUUGUCAACAUUUUCUUGAACUGGUACCCCGGGAACAGGCUCCAGUUUCCCACUCGGAGACCGGGCACGACCAGCGGUUACAACAGGAGUCUGAGCGACUCCGGGAAGCCCAGGAACGUCACCCUGCUCAACAUCUCCCCCUCCUUCACCAGCUUCAUCCCGGUGAAGACCAGCUUCUGGAACCGGAGGCUGCACCAGGCGCUGCAGAGGUUGUCCGAGCUGCGUGCGGGAGGAGCGGUGGACUUCACCCCGCCGCGGGGCUGCCGGCCGGUGGGCUUGGAGGCGGAGAUCGCCAACGCGGACUCCUACUCGCUGCCCCACCGCGACUUUGUGCGUUACAUGGACUGCAAGGACCAGCGGCAACUGAUCGACCACCGGGACAAGUGUGUCGAUAGCGGCCACGGCGUUUUCCUCCUGCUGGCCAUCAAGUCCAUGGCGGGCAACUUUGAGCGCCGGCAGGCUAUCCGGGAGACUUGGGGCAUGGAGACGGCAGCAGCCGGCAGUGGCAGCCAGAUCCGGACGGUCUUCCUUCUGGGCUCAGCCGACGACUUGGGGCAGGGGCCGGACCUGCAGCCCCUGGUCAACGUGGAGGACCAGAUGCAUGGGGACAUCCUGCAGUGGGACUUCAGGGACUCCUUGUACAACCUCACUCUGAAGGACCACCUCUUCUUGGGUUGGGCCAGCGCCCGCUGCCCCCUGGCCCGCUACGUCUUCAAGGGGGAUGAUGAUGUGUUUCUCAACACCCCGGUUGUAGUGGAGUAUCUCCGCUCCCUCAACGGCAGCAAGGAGCUCUACGUGGGACAGAUGAUUAAGAACGCCAGUCCGUUGCGGGACACCAAGAGCAAGUACAACGUCCCCCUGUCGUUCUAUGAUGGGGCGUACCCCCCUUACAUGGGGGGAGCGGGCUUUUUAUACUCAGGCCACCUGGUCCCAUCUCUCUACGCCAUCUCCCACGCCAUCCCCUUCUACCCCAUCGACGACGUCUUCACCGGGAUGUGCUUCAGCGCGCUGGGCAUCAGCCCGAUCAACCACCAGGGAUUCCACACCUUCGACAUCCAGCCUCAGGACCGGGACAACCCUUGCGCCCACGCCGGGGUCCUGCUGGUCCACCAGCGCGGCCCAAGCCAGACCACCCGCCUCUGGAGGGCACUCCGACAGCCGGACCUCCGCUGCUAGCCAGCCCGGCCAACACCCACCACCCCGACUGGCAACUGGUGGCUCACUGGUGGAGUCGCUGCCAGAUUCAGGGGCGGAAAUCCUGGGGGGGACAGGGGGGAUAUGCCCGGCCCUCCCUGUUUUUAGAGGGGGGGGGGGGGGCACGUCCCCUAUUUUUUGUAAUCUGGAUAAUCCGAGAGGGACCAUUGAGGGCGGUACCAUGAUGAUUCAGUGCAAUGAUUGGAGGAGGGAGGUGUCGGUCA